AUGUCAGGAUUUGAAGGGCAAUGUAGUAAUGAUGAAAUUAGGGAGAGGAGAUCGGAUGUUGAGAAUUCGGAGGAUGAGAGGCGGCAGUAUUCUAAGAUCGGAACACUCAAGAAGAAGGCGAUGAAUGCAUCUUCUAAAUUCACUCAUUCACUUAAGAAAAGAGGGAAAAAGAAAAUUGAUUAUAGGGUUCCGUCAGUGGCUAUUGAGGAUGUGAGAGAUGCGCGAGAGGAGACUGCGGUGCUUGAGUUGCGUCAAAGACUUGUUGAACGGGGAAGUUUGCCUCCGAGGCAUGACGAUUAUCAUUCGUUGUUGAGGUUUCUUAAGGCUAGGGAAUUUAAUAUUGAGAACACAAUUCAGAUGUGGGAAGAAAUGCUUGCAUGGCGAAAGGAAUAUGGAACUGAUACAAUUCUUGAGGAUUUUGCAUUUGAAGAGCUGGAAGGAGUAUUGCAGUAUUAUCCUCAAGGUUACCAUGGAGUCGAUAAGGAAGGUAGGCCAGUUUACAUUGAGAGGCUUGGGAAAGCUCAUCCAAGCCGCUUGACGCGCAUCACCACAAUAGAUCGAUAUUUGAGAUACCAUGUCCAGGAGUUCGAGAAGGCUCUGCAUGAGAAAUUUCCAGCAUGUUCCAUUGCAGCAAAGAGGCAGAUUUUUUCGACAACAACAAUAUUGGAUGUACAAGGCUUGGGAAUGAAGAAUUUCUCACCUACUGCAGCAAAUCUCUUGUCUUCAAUAGCUAAAAUAGAUAGCUGUUACUAUCCUGAGACAUUACAUCAAAUGUACAUUGUAAAUGCUGGUACUGCCUUUAAGAAGAUGCUUUGGCCUGCUGCACUGAAAUUUCUUGAUCCCAAAACUACUACAAAGAUACAGAUUCUUGAAUCUAAGUCUCUAUAUAAAUUACAGGAAGUCAUCGACUCUAGUCAAUUGCCAGACUUUCUGGGUGGUUCAUGUACAUGUUCCCGCGAUGGUGGAUGUCUUAGGACUAACAAGGGUCCAUGGAAUGAUCAUAAUAUCAUGAAGCUGGUACGUAACACGGAGGGAACUUUUGUGAGGCAAAUCACCAGGGCGUCCAAUGAACAGCACAAUUUUGACUCCUUUCAGUUACAAUCACUGAAGGAGCGAUGCAGUGGCUCGUCAACAGCAGAAUCAGGGUCUGAUUUUAAUGAUUACUCAUCUCCUACCAGACAACGGAGCGGCAAUUAUCCUCGUUUAGCACCAGUUUGUGAAGAAGUAAGGGCACCAGAUGCCAAUGGCUACUACAGCUGUGACGAUAGUGCUCUAUCGGCUCAGAAUGUGAUGGAAAAUGACCAACUUCACCUUACUCGAAUGCAGUCAUUGCAAAUUAAUGAUACCGAAAAUGUUGCUUAUAGGACAAAUUCAGAAGGUGCUUUGGUCAGCAAUUUGUUAAGCGUUAUUAAGGAAAAAUUAGCUAAAAUAAAUUUCUUAUAUGUGCCACAAGCGCUGGCAUCCUUCAUUGAAAGACUUGUUGGGUUCAUAUUCAGCCUAAGAUUUGAAUUUUGGAGAACACCUAACAUUGUUCACCCAUCAAAUUUCACGGAACGUGACAUUAAUAACCAUUCAGAAGCUAUUGAAGCAGCUACUGAAAGAGAGUGCAUUCUUCCAUGUGAACAACGUCUUCAGAGACUAGAAAAAGUAUUCGACGAACUUAACAAGAAACCCGAUGGCAUGCCUUUGGAGAAGGAGAAAAUGCUUAUGGAUUCCUUGGAUAGAAUAAAGUCCGUUGAGUUUGACCUUGAGAAGACAAAGAGGGUACUACACGCCGCUGUGAUGAAGCAGCUUGAAAUUACUGAUUUACUGGAGAAUAUGAAGCAGCCAAAGUGUCGACAAAGAAGGCCAUUUUGUUGA